AUGAUUGAAGUUUCGAAAACAAACUUCAAACAUUUGUACCCGACUUUGUCUGAUGCUAUAGACAAUGCAUCUUUCAUUAGCAUAGAUGCAGAAUUUACGGGUAUCAAUACCGAGGAAGACAUGAAACAUAGUUUUUUCGAUACACUCGAAGAUCGUUAUAAUACCUUAAGGAGAAAUAUUCGACCAUUUAUAAUAAUUCAAUUUGGUAUUACAACCUUUCGGCAUGAUCCUGAGGAGAAUGCAUACAUUGCAAGGUGUUUCAAUUUUCACUUGUUUCCAAGGCCUGUACCAUUUAAUAACAGACAAUUCUCAUGUCAAGCAACAGCUUUAGAAUUUUUGGAUAGGCAUAAUUCUAACUUUAGUAAAGUCAUAAGUGAAGGUAUUUCAUAUCUGAAUGAGAUAGAAGAAAAACUACUGAAGGAGCACAUAGAACAAGGGAAUAUAUUAAAUAGUUUGGAACAUUUAACGUAUGAAGAAGAAGACUAUUUGAAAGAAUCCAAAAAAAAAGCUUUUGAUUGGAUUACAAACGACUCAAAUGAGGCAUUGUUUAAAGUGGAAACUUCUAAUCCUUUUUUGCAAUAUGUGUUGCACAAAGAGUUAAGGAGUAGCUUUGAUAAUAUUUGGACUCUCUGGAAGCGUGAAUCACUAGAUAUUGUAAAAGUACCAAAGAAAACUCAAAUCUAUUUGAAAAAACAUGCCAAUAACAAUAUAGAAGAUAUAUUGUUAAAGACAUGUAUAGGAUUUUCAAAAGUAUUCAAACUCUUAUCUUCUUGUAAGAAACCAAUAGUGGGGCAUAAUAUGCUUUUGGAUUUAAUGUUUAUCUAUCAACAAUUCUAUAAACCACUGCCAGAUUCCUAUAAAGAAUUCAAAGAUAAUAUACAUUCAUUAUUUCCACAAAUAUAUGACACUAAAUUAUUAAGUUUUAAAUUACGAAAAUUACUUAAAAGGGAUGAAGUAACCUGGAAACAAAAUUCAUUGAGUCUUUUAUAUGAAUUCUUCACAUCAAAACAAGGGAAACACUUAGUAUUUAAUUCACCACAAAUUGAAUUUAGCACAAAAAAUUUAGGUAAUUUUGAUAGUCACUAGUUAGACACUAUUCAUGCCCACAAUGCAGGAUGGGAUGCUUACUGUACUGGAUAUAUAUUCGUAAAAAUGGGACACAUGUUUUCUAUACAGAAAUAUGGACAAGGUUUAGAAGAAAGAGCAGUGACACAUUCUGAAUUAAUGAGUGCAAUAAAAGAUUUUGUAAAUUCUGUAAAUAUAACCAGAGGCAACGAAAUGUAUAUGAAAUUCGGCGGACCAGAUCCAACGGUAACAAGACCAGAGUGGCUUUACGUGAAGGUAAACUCACCGUAUAUAGACACCAAACAGUUGCUCGAGAAAUUUUCAUGUUUCGGCACGGUCGAUGUAAUGUCUUUCUCUCGAAGUGGCAUUUUACUGGCAGUCGCUAAUCACAGUAGCGCGUUACGCAUACUGAAGCACUUCCAGAGCAACAAAGACUUUCAGGUGGCGCGGUACAAUCGCAUAAAGCAUGGGACACUCGGUAGCAUCUUGUUGUGGAGUGGAAUCGUGCUGACUGGAAGUAUGUUCACCUGGAUGAUAAAGAAUCUGUAUCUAAAAUCUGCAUAAACCCAACAAUCUCGUAAAACUUACCAUUACUCGUUACCGAAUCAUGAACGUAACUAUACAA